GCCGCCGCCCCAUCUGGUGCUUGCUAGCUAGUUCUCCGUGUUCGCCAAUGGCGGACUGCUCCGCGCUGGCGGCGGAGCAGGACGACCUGCACCGGCGGUGGCUGCCGCGGGAGAUCUUCGCCGACAUUGGCAUCCCCGACGCCGCCCCGCCCGCCGCCGCCGUCGAGGACGCCGCGGCGCACUUCACCGGCAAGAUUGCCGCCGUCCAGGGGCCUCCGCCUCCGCCCCCGCCCCCGCCGCCGGGGAUCUUCUCCUACCCCGGCCCCCAGCCCCAGGUCUGCGGGCUGCAAGCAAUGGCUUGUCUGCCGCCGUACGCGUACGCUACUGGCCCGCCGCCGCCGCCGCCGCCAUGCCCAUGGCCGCUGGUCUACUGUCCGCUCCAAUGGCAGAUGCCGGUCGUGCCCUCCGUGUUCCUGGGCGACCCGAGGUACAAUUACCCGGCCCCGCCGCUGGGCGGCGCCGGCGUCGGCACCGGCGUGUUCCUGCCGCGCGCCGGUGCGGGCUACCAGCACCUGCAGCACAAGGCGGCGCCGGCGGCAUCUCCGGCUCCGGCAACAGAUGGGAGACUGCUAGAGAAGAAGAACAAGAACAAGAAGCAGAGGCAGCAACAGGAACAACAAGGCAAAGAAGAAGAGGAGCAGAGAUCUCAGCAGGAGGAGGAGGAUCAUGAGGCCGCCGCGGAGGUGCUGCUGGCGCUGCCGCAGGAGUGGACAUACUGAGAGCUCCAUCGAUGAGGUUCAUAAACAUUGAAGAGUCGAUGAUGGCGAACAAAACAAGCAGUGAUGAGUUACUUCGUUAUAAAAUUUUGUAGCUAGCGGGCGGGCAUGCAUUGCAAUUUGCAAUGCAGUGCAGGCAUCAAUAAGGAAUCAGCCAUCCAUUGACCCAUGAUGCAUGGAUGGUUAACAAGUGUAAGUUUAGAUGUAAGGGUGGGUUUAAACGGUGCAUGGCAUGCAUCUGUGAGUCUGGUCUAGUGCCAGCAAUAAUAUAAUAAAGUGUUUCUUUUUCA